AUGGAGGAAGAACUCAAGAACUUCAUCAAAGUAUGGAUUACAGCUAUAAUCUCAGCAUCGUACUGUUAUUACUUAUCAACCAAAAUCAAACCUGGUGUUUUUCGGUUACUCUUUGUUCUUCCGGUAUGUGUUGUGUUCCUUGUUCUUCCUCUGUUAUUCUCCUCUGUCAUUUUCUGUUCAUACACAUCGUUUUAUCUUUCCGUUGCAAGUUUAAAGCUCAUACAAUUCUCAUUCGAUCAAGGCCCUCUAUUCCCACUUCCCCGUAACCUCUUCCAGUUCAUAUGCUUCACUUGCUUCCCCAUCAAGCUUCAACAAAACCCUAAUUCUCUAAAACAUUUCCCCAAAUGGGUUUUCGCAAUAAAAAUUGCAAUCUUUAUUGUGGUAUUACAUGUGUAUUAUUACAUACACUAUCUCCCUUCGUUUCUUCUAUUAGGUCUCUAUCCUCUCCAUGUAUACUUAGAGCUUGAGGUUCUCUUAGCCCCACUCAAAUCUCUGGCCACCAUCACUCUUGGUUGCGACCUCGAGCCACAAUUCAACGAACCAUACGUAGCCACCUCGCUUCAAGACUUUUGGGGUCGCCGGUGGAAUCUCAUGGUCACAGCUAUCCUCCGGUCAAGCGUCUAUUCCCCAGUGAGGCAGAUCUGUGAACACUUAGUAAACCCUGAGUGGGCUAUCAUCAUUGGUGUCUUAGCGACGUUCAUAGUCUCUGGUGUGGCUCACGAGGCUCUUUUUGUCGGUUUAACCCGUGAGCCGCCUUCAGGAGAGGUGACCUGGUUCUUUGUUUUACAUGGAGUUUGCACAGUGGUUGAAGUGUGGGUGAAGAAGAAGACUUUUGUUGGGCGGUGGCCGGUGAGACCGGUUGUGUCGCGUCUUGUCACGGUGGCGUUUGUGUGUAUAACCGGUGGCUGGCUGUUCUUUCCUCAGUUAAAACGGAGCAACGUGAUGGAGAGACGCGCCAGUGAGGCCUUGCUCUUCAUUGAUUUCUUCAAGAGCAAGUUUUUGUUUUUAUGA